UUAAUAAAUAUCUAAAGAAAAUAUGGGCCUGGAGAAACCCAUAUAAAGAGCCCAACCGAUUAGGCCCAAAAAUGAUAUCUAUCUCGAAACCUUACUAGGGUUUCAUCUCUAUACUCCUAAAGCCACCGGUUAUCUUACUCACUUCAUCAGAGUUUAUUUUCUUUCGCACACUUACAAACUAGGGUUUCUCUCCCUUCCCCUAAAUCUCCAAUCCCCAACAAUGGCAGAAAGAGGAGGUGAGCGAGGUGGCUUCGGACGCGGUUUCGGUGGAGACCGUGGCCGCGGUGGACGAGGUGGAGACCGCGGCCGUGGUCGCCGACGUGCUGGUCGACGUGAGGAAGAGGAGAAAUGGGUACCGGUCACCAAGCUCGGUCGUCUCGUCAAGGAAGGUAAGAUCGCUUCCCUAGAACAGAUCUACCUCCAUUCUCUUCCAAUCAAGGAACAUCAAAUCAUCGACACACUUGUCGGACCAAGUCUCAAGGAUGAGGUCAUGAAAAUCAUGCCUGUUCAGAAACAGACUCGUGCUGGUCAGCGAACUAGGUUCAAGGCCUUCGUUGUCGUCGGUGACAGCAAUGGUCACGUCGGUCUUGGUGUGAAGUGUAGUAAGGAAGUUGCUACUGCCAUUCGUGGUGCUAUUAUUUUGGCUAAGCUCUCUGUUAUCCCUGUUAGAAGGGGUUAUUGGGGUAACAAGAUCGGAAAGCCUCACACCGUUCCUUGUAAGGUUACUGGAAAGUGUGGUUCGGUUACUGUUCGUAUGGUUCCAGCUCCUCGUGGUGCUGGUAUUGUUGCUGCUAGGGUUCCUAAGAAGGUGCUUCAGUUUGCUGGAAUUGAUGAUGUUUUCACAUCAUCCAGGGGAUCCACAAAGACUCUUGGUAACUUCGUCAAGGCCACAUUUGAGUGUCUCUUGAAGACCUAUGGUUUCUUGACACCUGAGUUCUGGAGAGAAACUCGUUUCACAAAGUCUCCAUUCCAAGAGCACACAGACCUUUUGGCCAAGCCAACUGGUAAAAUUCUCCACCUUGAGGCACCUGAGAGAGUUGAGGCAUAAGCAACUCCAGUUUUAAAUGAUGUUUCUUUUAGUAGGACUUCUGUUUUGUUUUUCUUGGUAUUAAAGAACUUAAAUUUAUUUUUGGGGUCAGUUUUACAUUAAGAUUUUGAAGGAAUUUUUCAUAAGUUUUGAGUAUGGAUUUAUAUUGCAAAUGUUAUGCCAUGAGUCUUUUGGAUCA